AUGGCCGCUGGAAGCACAGAAGUGGAGGCUUCAACGAGUGUGUUAUCUGGUCUUCUAGUUCCAGAAAUUGCUAUAACUAUGCUGAAUGGUAACAAAGGUUUGCAAGCUUGCCGUAUCCAGUGCUAAAAUUAGUAGUAUUGAUAUUUUCGCCGGCUGAUUAAAUAUCGCAAAUCUCCAUUAUAUAUAUAUGUUGUCUAUGGACGUUAUCAGUGUAAUUCAGUUAGCUCCUAUGCACACCUACUAAUUAAAGAAAUUAUGUAAUGAUUUGUAAUGGGUGAAAAAAUUCUUCUUCUUCCUCUUCUUCUGAACACGAAUCUGUUUUUGUUGAAGCAACCCUAAAUGUGUCAACGUCAAAAGAUCUGGCUGAAAAUAUGUAGCCCUAUAUGUUUCUCUGUUACCAAAAGAGGAUGUACCGGCAUGAAUUUUGAUGAAACUAUAUAUGGUUCUGUUUGUAUUUCUUACCAUUUUUCUGAGCUUUCGCUUUCCUGUUUAAAUUUUAACUUUUCACGUUUUGUCAGCAUUGCUUUAAUUGCACACUGAUCUCAAACUAUCACGAAUCUAGUUAUUAACUAGGUUACCCACAGGGCAGCAAUGCUGCCUUUGACAGCAAAAGACAAACUACAGGGUCAAGUGAACGAGUCCUUCAGAAACAUCCUAUUAUUGUUAUCCUUGUUAACCCAUUUAUUGACAGUACCCUACCACUUACUGAGUAUUAAAAAUCGUCUGGCGUUGGACAGGGUAAAUACUAAAGUAGGGGUCAUUACUGUGCUGAUGGAUUAACAAGGGACAUUGGCAGAUUUGUUAACCCAUUUACUGGCAGUCUAUACCACUGACGAAUUUAGUUAUUUAAUUAAUCUGCUAAAAAAUGAACACGUUUACAGGUGUAACGCGAAAUUCCUGACUUGCGAAAUAUCUGACGAUUGUAGAACUGCACAUGAACAGACAAUGCGCAUGAAUGGCUCAUAAACUUUGGUUCAUAAAUUUCGCAACUCAACAGACAACACGUGUAUCUAUAAAGUCAUUUUGUUGGAUAAUAUUUACACAUAAGUUUUCAAAUUCUACAAUUGAUCAACUGAAUUGACACUAUACCACUGAUUGUGAACGUUGGCGUUCAGCGAUAAUAAAGCUUGAAUCUAAAAUCUGCGAAUGGAAAAAGUCAAUCGAAAAGCGCUCUUAGUGAUAUAAAAUUAGGGCCCACAGUAAUUGGUUUACACUGUUGUGGUGUCCCUGCCAUUUUUGUCCAUGUUUAUUGUGUAGAUGUCUAUUUGCUGUUCUGUUAAGUGUUUUUGGCAAAGUUUAAUAAAUUAAAUUAAAAAAAAAUAGACUCCAUUUUCAAAGGUGAUGCUAUAAGCAUUACUAUAAUCAUUACUAUAUAAUUAGUAACCAGCACUGAACAAUGAGUUCGUGAGUUGGCCGUUAGAUUUGGCGAUGUCUAUAUUAGAAACACGUAACGAUACUAUGGUAACAUCGUAUAUGGACUUAAAAAUCGUUUCGACCGACCGUAUUCAGCAAACGUCGUGUAUUUCGCGGUCACGACCACACAAUCCGCUUUGAAAUUUAAAGUGUUUGUAAAUUAGCGCUGUCGAUUUGAAAUAUUUAACGAAGUAUUAGAAAUUAACAUCAUGAUUAUUUUAUCUAAACUCUAAAAAAAAGUUUUGGCCGAUUUAAAUUUAGCAAGCGUCAUAUAUUUCGCGCCUGCACGCGCGAAAUUUCUGACCCGUCACGCUUGGUCAGGUAUUUCGCAGAGGUCCGGAAUUUCGCUUGACACCGGCAGCAUCCGUCCAGAUGAGGAAAAUCUGUUCCCUUAAUCGUGAAACCGUCCGUCGCCCUACGCCUUACGGGUUUGGGCCAUUUUUAAGACUCCAGGCACCGUGCCUUUCUUCAUCGGGACCUCACAGGAGGUCAACAGCAUAUAUACUGCUUUGAACUGUCAUCAAAUAUAUCCGUUAUUCAAUUUCAGUUUCAGCGUUAAUAAUCAAUGUUGCUGUAUUUUAAAUAGAACGUAUUCAACCACAAGAGUUCACUGCUAAAAGCACAGAAAUAGAGGCUUCGUCAAAUAUGUUAUCUAAACUUCAAGUUCCAGAAAUAGUUUUACCAAUGCUGGAAAGUAACAAAGGUUUGCAAAGUUGUCAUAUCCAGUGAAAGAAGUACUUUUUCACCGAAAUUGUAAAAUAAUUUCAGAACUUCUAAACUCACACGCAUAGAUCGUGAAGCAUUUAUUUAUAAGAGAUUAUUCUAAAACACACAAGUCUCAUUGAGGCCUCUAUUCGUUCUCAACCCUUACGCACAACGUAUUUAUUUGAAACUAAUUGAAAGAGACUAUUUUUUCAAUAAACAAACUGAAUUGUGAACAGCAUAAACACGGCCGUCCUGGUGCGCAUGACUCUCUAUAACAAUUAUUAGUUCUCAAGUCAAACUAUUGGCACAUAGUUACAAUUUGAAAAGCUCACCGAAAUUAGCAACUACUGUACAUAGGUUGGCAAGUUUGUCUGUCUGUUACAUGAAGUAUUAGUUAUCAAUCCUAACAAACUAUUGUUGUAGCUGCCGUUUGAAAAGUUUACCGCAUGAAGCAAAAGGCUUUUCCGAAAAUAUUUUCAAAAUUACAAGUUCCACAAUUGACCACUGCGUAAUAGACUAAAUUUUGAUCUAGACAAAAAUUUCAUAACAGCUUGAAAGAGCAUCACAAAAUUAGUAAUAUUUCGAAGUUUCGUUGCGAAAUGUUGUAAAAUGCGGAUAAUAUAGCCUUGCGAAGUUUGCAAUUUUCAGUCAUUUUAGAUUACAAACGUGAAAUUGACAGCCCAAUACCUUGUGGGGCUGUCAAUUUCCCGCUUGUAAACUAAAAUGACUGAAAAUUGCAAACUUCGCAAGGCUAUAUUAUCCGCAUUUUACAACAUUUCGCAACGAAACCUCGGAUAAUUACUAGUUUGUGAUGCUCUUUCACGCUGUGAUGAAAUUUUUGUCUAAACUUGUUGAGAUCAAAAUUUAGUCUAUUACGCAAAUCGUCAAUUGCGUGGCUGCGCUAUAGAAAUUAUCAGUCUAGGUUUGGCAAUCAUAAAAAAGAUUUAGCAGUCUUGUCUUUUCAUAAAUAUUGUAACAACAAAGUCAAUUUAUCAACUACAGUAUAGAGUAUACAUAUUAUUGUGAAACGACAAAAAUACAACAUUUUAAACUGCAUAUACCUUGGGUAUAGGUGUAGCGUUUAUUAAUUAAGUCAAAGCAGAUCGGUUUUUAUCUCUUUUUGAGCAGCAAAGCAAGUAAACACGAACCUGUCGUAGUUGAAGCAACAGUGAAUUUGUCAACGCCAAAACGUUGUGCUAUAUCAUAUUCUUUAAAAGAGCAUACACAUGCGUUUUACUGAAUUUCCUCGAGUUUUCGCAUUCGUGUUCAUCUUUCAACUUUUUUUUGCUGCUGUAUUUUUAAAUAGAUCGUAUUGAACCCCGAAAGUUCCCUUCUGGAUUCAAAGAAACAGAGGUUUCAUCAAAUAUGUUAUCUAAUCUUCAAGUUCCAGAAAUAGUUUUACAAAUGCUGAAAAUUAACAAAGGUUUGUAAACGUAUUAUAUAUAUACGCAGGGGUAAAAUUUAAUACUUCUUCACCAAGGUUGUGGAGCGGAAAGUUUCAAAACAUGCCUAGAUCGUGAAGUGUGUAUUUGAAAGAGAUUAUUCUUAAAUAUGGAAAAUGUAAAAAGCAUAAACUGUCCCAGUGUGCAUAACUGUGCAAUGCUGGAAGUUAACAGAGGUUUGUAAGCUUAUCUAUAUCUAUUGCUACUGUAAAACUAGUUUCCUAGAGUUUCGCAUUCGUAUUUAUUUUUCAAAUUUUCACGUUUUGUCAACCUCGCUUUAAUUACACACUGAUCUUAAAUUAGUUCGCAUGCAGCACUGGAAUUUUAAUGAAUUCAUUUUACAUCUGCUAAAAAUAAAAAACGUUAUAUUUACCAUGCAGCGGCAUCGGUCCGGAUAAGGUAAAUUAUCGCCAUCAGUCUUGAAGGUGUCCCUCGUUCACCAUUUUUCAGUUUCAGCAUUAUUAAUUGAUGCACUUGUAUUUUCUAAAAUAGAUCGAAUUCAACCACAAAAUCCCACCGCUGGAGACACGAGCAAUAGAGACGCUGAAGAAAUAGAGGCUUCCUCAAAUGUGUUUCCAGAACUGAAAGUUGUUUUACCUAUGCUGGAGCAUUUUAACAAAGGUUUUCAAAGUUGUCAUAUAUCCAUAUGUAUCAUAUCAUAGUUAAUACUUCUUCACCAAAAUUGUAGAGUGGAAUCAGUUUCAAAGCUUGUAAACUUGCGUGAAUAAAUGUGAAAUAUUUAAAAGAGAUAAGUUUUAAAAUCAACAAUGCGAACAGCAUGUAUAAACACAACAAAGCGCGCCAAAACACACGUGGGUCCCAGUGAUUAUGUCUUUUUAUUAGUUCUGAAUGCUUAAUUAAACUAUAUUGUUGCAGCUGCAAUUUGAAAUUUGACCGCAUGAAGCACAAAAAUGAAGGCUUUCCUGAAAAUUCUAUUAUUUCAAUUUUAAGUCCUAGAGAAUGCGCGCCUAUAUAUGUUAGAAAUUGGCAACCAGGUUGACGUUUGUCAAAAUGGAAUUUAUAGAAACUUCUUUUUGCCGGCUUUCUGCGAUAUACUGUAUAUAUGAUGGUACAUUUUCUGGUAGUUGCAGUAAUGGCAGUUAACAGUAUGUGCAAUAUCACAUUUGCAUCGAAAGGUUAACAAAUAGAAUUUAUCUCUUAUUUAAUUUUAGUUUCAGUAAUAUAUUAAUAGAUGCUUUUUUAAUAGAUCGUGUUCAACUGCAGACGUUCUCAUCCCAAAUUACAGAAACGACAGAAGCUUUCCCAAAAGUUCUGGCAUCUAAGCUUCAACUUCCACAAAUCUUCUUACCUAAGCUACAAAUCAGCAAAGGUUUGCCAAAUAUCAUAUAUUCGGUAUACAAGUAUACUUUUUCACAAAAUUUUAGUGAAAAUUGUCGCAAAUAUCUUAUAGCCAUGGCUACAACUAGCUUUUUCGCGAAAGCCAAAAUCUGCCAUUUUUGGGGGUCUAUCCGCCCUCGUAAAAGAUUUUUACAAUUAGUCAAACAACGUGAAAAGCAACUUUUAAAAGUUGUAACUGUAAAUUUACCAUUAUAUAAACAAUAUAAUACCAAAACUUCCUUCAAACAUGGGAGAAGUAGUACCCAAAAAAUGGCGGGAAAACUGGCCGUGAUUAAAGCUAAUUUGGCGCCGUUUUUGCCACCAAGUUUUGAUUGCUAUAAGAAGGCAAGUAGGCAACCCCAACUAUAUAAAGCGUACAGGGACGUGCUGGCUAGGGACGAGACAACGAAAACUCGUUAUGGGCCCUUGCCAUCAUGGCUCCUAAAAUAAACAUUGAGAUUUUUCAAACAUUGAGAUUUUUAUUUUCAAAAUCAAGAUUAAGAUAUUACAGUUUCUAUUGUAAAAAUCAAAAUUCACGAAAAUAUUACGCAAGAAUUUUCGUAUGUUGGACCGAAAAGUUACGAUGUACCCUACGAUGUACCCAACAAUUUUUGGACAAAAAUAUAAAUAUUGAGCUAGCCACCGUUCAAUGAGCAUGGGCCCAUCAGACGUUGCUCAUUCGUUGUCUUUUUUAAGACCCCAGCACGUCCCUGGAAGCGUAGAACGUUAACAAAAUUAAAUUCGAUUCUUAAUUAAAUUGGAUUGCUGCAAACACGAAUUUAGUUGGCCAAUGUAUUCUAUACGGGUGGUUACAUAUAGAAUAAUAUACACUUAAUGUCUGCUCCCGAUGGAAAUAGUUAGUUUUGUUUUCCCGAGAAUCUCAAUGUUUCCCAAGACGAAGUCGAGGGAAACAUUAAGAUUCGAGGGAAAACAAAACUAACUAUUUCCCGAGGGAACAGGCAUUAAGUGUUUUGUUAUAUAGCGACGAACAAAAAUCAACUUCAACAACAUUCAUACAACAAUUGUAUUUCGUGACAAAAACUCUAUAGUGUAAACGAGUUUAAAAUUAAAAGAACCUACUCAGUGUUCAGCAAAGUACUCAAAAUAUUUACUUAAGUAAAAGUGAAAAGUAACACCUCAAUUUUUACUUAAGUAGAAGUAAAAGUACUGCUUGAAAAUUUUACUUAAGUAAAAGUAAAAAUAUUGCCUGAAAAUUUUACUUAAGUAAAAGUAAAAGUACUGCCUGAAAAUUUUACUUAAGUAAAAGAAAAGUAUUGGGAAAAUAUACUUAAAUAAAAGUACUACUGAAAUAGAAUAUAAAUUCGCAAAGGUUUAAGCAGGAAUAGAACACUCAGACGUGUAAGUAACGUGGUAAAACAACUUUAUUCUUUAAAUACCUUCAUAUAUAUAUAUUCCAGUCCACUCACCGCUUUGAGAAAUACUUUUUUACUUCGCCAAAAUAUAACAAAAGUAACGAAGUAAAAAAGUAAAUAUUUACCAAAAAUCGUACUUCGUUACAAGCAAAAAGUACUUCAUUAAAAAAUACUUCGUUACAAGUAAAUACUGAUUUUUUUUACUUAAGUAAAGUAACGAAGUAAAUUUACUUCGUUACUGGCUAACACUGAACCUACUUAAACGGUUUCAGCAGCAUAUCCUGUUGCCUGUUGUAUAUUUUUCUUCUCUUUUAUAUUCUUUAUUUGAACACAAACUUGGAAAAUUUUGUUUAUUUAUCUACGUGGCCGGUCGGGGCGGGCAACAAUUUUUCACCUGUUGCCCGGCGGGAAACAUUGCAUUUAUCUGAAGUCACCUGACCACAAAUCAGCCAAUCACGUUUGGUGUUCACGCUAGCUAUAUAACAAUUUCUAAUAUGCUGGUUUAACGGUUAAUGUUUUGUAAGUCAGCGGCAAACGUUGGCUUGCAGACUAUUUUUCACGGCGAAAAACCUCGCGAAUAUGACUAUUGGCUCAGCGAUAAUUAUGCUCACUAAAUAGGUCGGAGGACUUGAAAUACAGGUUUUGUACUUUUGUUGAUAAAUUUGCUUCGAAAUUGUAUAUAAAAGUUAUUACAACCUCAAAAUUUUCAGAGCUAUGAAUUGAUGCUAUUGUUUUUUUAUAAACCUAUUUAUUUGUCCAUAAAAUUCCACGACUGAAAACAUAGAAAUGGAAGCUGGUAGUUUUAAAAGAGUGCAUGGAAUUUAUAGUUCCCGUGAUUAUUUUACCUAAGCUGUCAAUUACCAAAGGUUUGCAAAUCUAUUGCGCAAUGGAAGAUAGAAUUUCUCCACGACUCCACCAAUAAUCCCAUAACUCAUUUUACCCAUGCACUGCACAGCUGUAUAUAUCUGCAUUCAAUUUGAUGAUAGUUCGGUAUUGCAUUUAGGCUUAAACGAUUGUGCCAUCAAACCACAUGCGGAGCCAGUUGGAAAAGCGUUCUUGAACAAGCUAAAAAGAAAGUUCGAAAGGUGAGAUUAAGCUUAAUUAAUUUGCGACAUUUAUCACUGAAAAACGUUAGUGAAAUUCAUACUAUGGAAUUUGCAAUUGCACCACCAAAUCCAUAAUAUAUCCAUACUAUUUUCAUGUUUGUCUAUAGUAUGGAAAUUGCAAUUAGUAUGAAAAUAGACCUUAUGCAUAAUGACGUCACAAGGCUUGAUGCUCGCGAGGAAUGCUGGUCUUAGUAGUCAUCGCCUGGGAAAAUUAAACAAUUCAAAAUGGCCACUAUCGAAAUUUUCCCGGGCGAUGACAUGGGCAAUAACUAUUAAGACCAGCAUUCCUCGCUGGUAUCAAGCCUUGUGACGUCAUUAUGCAUAAGGUCUAUUGGAUUCCAUACUAUUUCCAACUAAGAUCCAUACUAUUUUUAUGCACUGCCGUUUUUGUGUUCCAAAACCAGAAACGAUUUAGAAGAUCACUAAUUUCACUUCAACAAUUCACAUUAAUCAAUCUUUCCAAGAUAUUAAAAUAGUAUUAAUAUGUAUAGUAUAUACAAAUAAUAUAGUUCAAUUAAAUACAUACGAAAUUAUAACACAAAAUUCUUUGGGUUUUCGUCAAAUAGUUGCGACAAUCUGUUCCCAUCAAGUAAAAGACGAAAGGUGGGCAAGGACGAUUAUAUUUGUACAUUAUACGUUCAUUUGUGUAGUUCGUCAUAUACACGUGAUAUAAAAAUUUAUUUCCCUACAACAAAAAGUCCAGUCUAGUUCUUAUUUCAUUCAACAAUAGCCUAGUUCUUAUAUCAUUCUUAUUUUAAGAUUUCAAAUAACAAAUCAACAUUACAAAAAGGUCAUAAAUCGCUUAAACGAGACAGGUAAGUAACAGAAAAGACUUAAAUGUUGGGAUAUUUUAUAUACCUGUACAGUAAGUGCUUGUUGUCGCAUGUUCUUGUUUUUCUUUUUGUAAGAAAUAACAUUCGCGGAAAAUUAACGAAACGGAAGAAAGGAAAGAAAGUUUUCCAAACGAAGGUAUAAUUCGUGGAAAUUGCCAUUCCAAAAAUUUAUUUCUCUACAACAAAAAGUCCAGUCUAGUUCUUAUUUCAUUCAACAAUAGCUUAGUUCUUAUAUCAUUCUUAUUUUAAGGUUUCAAAUAACAAAUCAACAUUACAAAAAGGUCAUAAAUCGUCUAAACGAGACAGGUAAGUAACAGAAAAAAAUUAAAAGUUGGGAUAUUUUAUAUACCUGUACAGUAAGUGCUUUUUGACGCAUGUUCUUGUUUUUCUUUUUGUAAGAAAUAACAUUCGCGGAAAGUUAACGAAACGAAGGAAAGGAAAGAAAGUUUGCCAGACGAAGGUAUAAUUCGUGGAAAUUUCUAUUCUUCACAUUUUGUCAAUCUGAUUGAAACCAAUUACCUUUGUCAGGCAACAACGACUGGAUUAGUUGGAGAGAUUUUCCAGGAGUUCUUCCAAAAUCAAUUGGAAGGAGAUAUCGACAGAACCAAACAACAAUCAAACCAAAGGUAUAGAUUGUGAUGCUUUACAUUUUACUGUAUCCGCCCAUCCACAUGAACCGUUCACGUUGCUACGUGACGUAAUAGAAUGGAAUGGAAUGACAUGGCAUGUCACAAAGUGAGUUGGAGUGAGGAGUGGUCGGUGGGGUGGACUGGAGUAGAGUGGAGUGCAAUGCCAUGUAAUGGAUUGCAAUGAAGUGGAAUGGAACGUAAUGGGGAUGGGGAACGGAAACGGAAAUGGAAUGGACCAUACCAUACGUAUAAUUUCUAAAUAUGUAUACCAUUCUACCAUAAGUAUAAUUUCUAUAACUAUAUAGAAACACAGAAAAAAGUUUUCCUUUUUCUUUUACGGAAUGUUACUUACUCAAGGGAAGAUUUUAUCGCCCGUUUUUGUAUAAAUUAAUUACAAGCGCGUGCUAAAAUCGCGAGUGCGAAGUACGUGUGGAAUUUGUCAUCUUUGAAAAACUCGCAAGUGUUUUGAGUUCCAAAUUGGACGAGAAGCCAUAAAUAAAUCUCGUCAAAAAGUGCAAAAUUUGCCGCAAUGUUCGUUAUCCCUGCUAGCGCUGAUCGUCUCCAGGCUAUGCUCUUGUUUUGUUAAUUGCACUACAAUUUCAAGAACAAUUGCACUGCUUCUAACCAAAAUAAAAAACGAUUCAAGCGAGAUAAACGGCCUUCUUGUUGUGUUUCCAACCCCGUAAUGCAUUUUUUCUUAUCUUACUUAGAUGUCUUAAAAUGGCUGUGCAAGAUGAGGAUGACGUCGAGUUUGAGGUAUUUAAAGUCGAUUUGUAUACUUCAAGCUUUUCAAUGAUAGUCUUUUUAAUUAAAUCGUAGAGAUGACAAAUAGCCACAUACUCGUCAAAUAAAAACUGCCUGUCGAAAUCACAUUCUUCCACCGUUGAACGUUGCAUGGAAAACGAAACGUAUUAAAAUUGAAUGUUAAAUUAUUUAAAAUGGGCUCAACUCGUCAAUCUUUUGUCUUGGUGAAACAGAAAAACGUCCAUUAAAACAGGGCUCAAUUAACCACUGAACAGAGAACAUUCGUAAUCAAAAUGUUUUGCAAAACAAAUUGCUUGCAGCAGACUCGCGUUGAUUUUGGCUUGAUUAAGGUGGCUCGGUACACGUUUUUAAAAAUUAAAAACUUUGUGAUUGCUUAUGAAUUUCUGGAGAAUUAUCAUAUGUUUAAAAACAAAGAGUAUCUGAUUGACUAACACACUAACUAAGGAGUUUUAAAAAAAAACUACUCCUAACUGCCGUUAAAGUAAUUUAACUCGAAAAAAACAUCGGUGAUCUCAUAAAAUGAUUUCUUUUAGUAUUUUGAAUUAUUUCAUGACUUUGAGAAAAUUAUUACGAAUUUUCACAUUUUCUUAUCUUGAAAAAUUUCGGCGUGACAGAAUUUUUUUAAAUUAAAAAAAUAAAAGGUGCAGGCGCUAUUUGAAGGACUUAAAAUUGAACAUAUUUUCUGAUAUUUGGACCAUUAAUAAAACACAUAACCAAUUUUUUGCCUUUUAAAUUUCGCGCGCAAGCUAUUUCUAACGCUGCUAAAAAGACAUCCUGCUCUGGAAAAUUUAUUUUUACAAUUUGUUUUGUUUAUUCUAUAUUCUAAGUACCCGAACAAUCUAUAUUUAUCAAAACUUUCAUGACAUGAGCGGAUUUGAAAUUGAGAGCAUUUUUUAAAUUAAAUUGUAUACUUUUUACUGAACAGCCUGUAUAUAUAUUUUGACCUACAUACUUUGCCCCACAUGUUUCAUUGCCGCGAAAACGAGUACAUUUCAAAUAUAGGAAAGAUGGCGAUUACCUUAUGGGCGAAAGAGUUGAUCAAGAUAAGAAAAGGGUUGAGAAAUGGAAUUUAGAAAAAAGACAAAAAAGUGGGCUACGAAACGGGAUGUAAACCUCGUUCCCUUCAGACCCUUAUUUAGUAAUAACGAUAUGUCAUAUGUGUUUAUUGAGUGAAAAUGACACAUUUUCUAAUUAGUGAAUAAUAAAUUAAUUUCAGACUACGCUGAAGUGGACUUCCGAGCCUUUCAAACUUGACGAGGACAGAAAGUACUACACCAGUGUACUUGUUAAUAACGAAAAGGUUAGUGUAUUCCGUAUUCAAAAUAGACGCUAUGAAGUCCCAAAUAAUGGGUCUCUGUAGAAAACGGAAACCGAAACGACCGAAUCCGGAAACAACCGAAGCAGGAAAUUCCCGCCUGAUUUCCCGCAUAAAAUUGCCUAAAAUUUGGGAGAAAAGUGAGCCUGCACGGAACCAUGCGUUUUAUUCAUACCAAUUAGCGUCGACUGGGAUAAUAAACAACGACUGCCAACUGACGCAGAAUGUGAAAUGUACAACGAAGAAAUGUAUAAAACAAGUGUAACUCCAAAGAUCGAUAACAUUUUUAUAUUUUUCAACGGUUCGACUAUAUUCCAGUCAUCAUCAGGAUAAAGAAAUGAAUAUAACAAUAAUACGAAGCAUUAGCAUAUAGGCUCCAGAUAAUACAUUACGAGUUAAUCAAUACACAUACAAAUUAAAAGCGGAAUAAAAUAGUACCAUUGAAUGCAAUAAUACUUGUACUACUUAUGAUUGAAAGAACAAAGUUCUGCCAUUAAUAUGCGGUCAGAUAAAUUGGGAUUUGGAAUACGUCUAAAUGAGCAUGUAUUUAAUAUUUUCGAAAUCACGAGCGUGCCAUUUUAGUGGAAGCCGUAUCGUAUGUCAAAUGAGAAAGUGAAUGUAAUAUCGUUUUUAUUAAAUUAAACAUAACCAGCAUUGUUCAGGAAGUUGAUAAUAUGCAGUAAGAUUAUUAAAUAAUUUGAAAAAUUGUCAGCAGUUAAAUAGUAUACAACCUUACGACUUACAGUACGACAUUCGGACGAUAUUUAUCUAAAGCCCCGUUUACACUUCGCUCAAUUUUUGGUACGGCACGGAUAAAAUUGGUACCCGUACCACUUUUUUGGUUCUUGGACUACCUAUUUAGCUAAGCCCCUUUACACUACGCUCAAUUUUUGGUACCGUACCACUUUUUGGUUCUUGGACUACCUAAAGAGGUAGUCCAAGAACCAAAAAGUGGUACGGGUACAAAUUUUAUCCGUGCCGUACCAAAAAUUGAGCGUAGUGUAAACAGGGCUUAAAUUAUAUGCCAGCGAUCGUGCAUCAACAAUAUAAUUAUUCGUUAUGCGGGAAAUUAGGCGGGAAUAUUUCCAGUUUCGGUCGUUUCCGGAUUCAGUCGUUUCGGUUGCCGUUGUUUACAGAGACCCCCAAAUAAUGUCCUAUAAUGUUUCAUAGAUUAAUUGCAUUUAGAUAAUGUAACUUGAAAGGCUAUUUUUAGCUUCGAGGCCACUUGCGUUUGGCGUUCCCAAAACCGUAGUUUCAAUAGCCCAAAAAUGUUUUUGACUAAAUUAAAGAAGAAACGUUGCUCUUUCGCAUGAAUAUGGCUUUAAACGUCAAAGCGGAGGACCAAUGAACGAUUUUCCUCUCUACAUUUAGCCAUUUUUCGGUCUCGAAAAAUUCGGUAAAUUAAGUAAAAAAUAAAAAAUCGUUAAAAUAUUUACUGAAAUGGUUAAUACAUGUUUGUGAUAAAUCUUUAUUUCAAUUCUUAAGCGUUCUGUAAAUGACCUGCGAUAUGUGUCCUGUAAAACCAGUCUGAGAGACGAGAAAAUAAAAAAAUAGCCGUUUGCAUAAAAUAAAACUCUGAUUGAACUUAAAGUUAUAUUUAACUAACAGUUUGCCUACACCUGUUCCAAAAUGUUUCCUAGCAAAUUCAGAAAUAUUUGAUGUUUCCCCUAUGUUUCUCACCAAUGUUUCCUAGUGUUUGCCCACUCUGGGAAACAUAGCGAAACAUUGGCAGGUCAUGUUCAGUCCUAGUUUGCCCAGGACCUUAAUAUGGUUGUGUGAACGUUGAAUGUAUCUCUAAAUAUUUGAAUAAAAUGAAUGCAGCCAAAAGAACAGUGGUGUCAAGUAACGAAGUAAAUUUACUUCGUUACUGUACUUGAGUACUAUUUUUGAGAAGUGAGCAUGUAACAAAGUAAACUUUUUCUGGAGUACUUUUACUAGGAACGAAGUCGUUUUAAGAAGUAACGUUUUACUUCGUUAUUUUCAUUUUGUGGCGAGGUAUUUCGUUACUUUCUCACAUUUGUUAAAUUUUACGUGAUCUUAGUUAUUCGUGAUUUAUUUUAAUUUUGGGAUAGGUAAUAGGACCUCUACAUAUAAGCAUUACUUUCUACUGGAAAGUAGCCCAUGACGUGAAAUAUUGUAUAUUAUGGUGCACGACUCACGCAUAUAGCGUGUGUGUUGUUUUGUGUCUUUUGUAUGUCAAUCCAUUGGAGAAGUCCCCUUCCCCUAUACACGCUUUUGGUAAUAGUACUUUUACUUUGUACUUCAAGUAUUUUUUAAUUAAGGAUACUUUGUACUUUUUACUUAAGUACGUUUUGCCUCCAGGACUUUUUACUCUUACUCAACUAGUUACAUUGUUAAUUACUUCUACUUUUACUUGAGUACAAAUUCAAAGUAAUUUUGACACCACUGCAAAAGAAUAACGAAGACUUGUAUACUGUGUUUAGGUUAAUCUUGGUGAUUACGUUCGAUUGUGUCCUUCGGACCCCGAAGUGCAGACGUAUAUUUGUAAAGUGAUAUCAAUGUGGCAGAACAAUCAGGGAGAGAAGCUCUUCCAUGGACGGUGGUUGAGGUAAGAUUGUGAUAAAAGUUUAUUUGAUAAGGUUAUGAUCUAUUGCACCAUAACAUUGUAUUUUGAGGAUAAACACGAAAGGGCUGGUAGUCUAAUUAUACAGACAUGAGUGCGACACAUUGACAACUUCGUUCCCAGGCUCCUCCUGUUUUAAUGACAAUUUUACUUAUCACGUUUCCUGUGAUUGGUAUCAGACUCUAUGCUUGAAAUAGAGUCUGCUACUGAAGUUAAUAAAAAGCGGAUUUAUGCGUACGAAUAUAUAUGCAAAGUUCCCAUUGGUCUUCAAGUUGUUGUUUACGUAAUAUGAUAUUCCAUACUUGUAAUUGUACUUUUGGCCGCAUUAAUUACUGCCUUUGCUGUCUAUACGUGUGGUCAGUAAACGUUAUUAUUACCCAGUAUGUAAUUCCUGGCCGUUUAAUGAAAAUUGGUACAUUUAUUUUCGGUAUAUUAGCGAAAAUAUUGGCCUUUAUUUUCAUAUUUUAAAUUAGCUUUGAUAAUCUAUUUAACAAUCGCCUUUUUGAUCGGUUGUUAUUUUCGUCCAUCCAAAAACACCGUACACUUUUUAUUGAUUUCAGUAGCAGGCUCUAUUUCAAGCAUAGAAACUGGCACGCAGGCUAUAUAUGAUUGGUCGAUAUAUAUAUAUAUAUAUAUAUAUAUAUAUAUAUAUAUUAAAAUUAAUUAUUGCUACUCAAGUUUCACGCCUUAUUUAACUUGAGUAGCAAUAAUUAAUUUUAAGAUAUAAAUAUAUCUUGCUCUACUAUAAUACUAGUGUUGAGCACUUUAUUAUAUACUACAACAAAACAAGUUAUGAAUGUUGUGAAUGUUGACUUGCCUGUUUCUUUUGUCAAUAUAGCCAUUGUUGGGACACCAUAAUUGGCAAAACUGGCGAUCCAAUGGAACUCUUCCUGGUGGACCUUUGCGACAACAACCCAUUAGGUUCCAUCGUUGGGAAAUGUGCGGUACGUUUACAUGCAAUACAUCUCUAGAUAUUCAAAGCACACGGAAAUAUUUGCCAUCUCGGAGAGAGCGCAUGUGAGUUGGCAGUCACAAGAUCUUGGUUAGAUGUUCUGCUUUCCCAACACUAUCGUGUAUUCUAUUAAGUUAAAACACAGUUUGAGGACUUGAAAUUCCCCCCUGUAACGGUUUGUGACUGCGAACUCUCAUUACCUCGUAAUGUAGCUUUAAGGUGGCUCUCUACAGUUUACUAGAAAAAUGAAAACUUUAUCUUGUAAUUACAACGAAAUAUUAGACAUGUAAUGUUUAUAAAAUUAUGCUGUGCUUUAGGUUUUAUAACAAGAACUCUUAUUUCAUUUCGAUAAUUAAAUUCUUAUUCCAUAAUUAAAAAACUCGCAGAAUACAAAUGAAACACUGCCGUGUCGGUGGUCUUGUAUGUGAUAAAAAAUCACGUUCAUUUACAUAAACUUUAGUUUUGAUAUUCUCGGCUUAGACAACGUUUAUUUUUAAAAUUACUUGACCAAUGAACUCAUGCAUCAAGAUCGUUUUUAAACCAUUUAAAACACUCGCAGUCCGUGCUUUAUGUACUAUUUAAAAAACGAGCAGGAGUGUUUUAUUAGGUUUAAAGCCACGAGCGCGCAGCGCGAGUGGCUUUAGACCUAAUAAAACACGACCUGCGAGUUUUUUAAAUGGCUUCAAAAACGUUUGCAUAAUAAGUCGAAUCUUUAUAUAAAAAUCUUUAUAUAAAAAUCUUUAUAUAGUUUGUAUAACAAUGGUCUUUUGUGAAAGUGUUCUUUAGCUGGUAUAAAGACGUAUGCACGUGACUAAUUUCUUACUCAAGAUUGGAUAAUUUGCUUCAUGAAUUAUUAAUGAGUUUUUGAAAUAUAGAUAUAACAGCAUGGUUUCGAGUGCAAUUUGGAUAUAACAUGCACAAGUGAGUUUUUCAAAGACCUCAAAAUAGCACGAGUCCGAAGGGCGAGUGCUAUAUUUGAGGUCUUUGAAAAACUCACGAGUGCAUGUUUAUCCAAAUUUCACGAGAAACCAUGCUAUCACUUAUUAAUAAUUUACAUAAAAAUGAUCGAGACAAUUGUAGUUUUAACGUUUAACUUACGUUUAUAGUGAACAUUCCACUGGCAAAGUUUUCCUGGCUUUGUUAUAUCACAUUAUACAACGCUAACAGCUUGAAAAUUCCACUCAACAGUGUAAAUUUUGUUAGUCUUGUUUAAUAAGCCAUAUUUUCUACGCGAAGUCAACUUUUACUUUAUGUAGCGCGGCGCCAUGUUUGUUUUGUUGUGAAGCAAUAUCUGUGACCGUUACUUAUUUAAACUACACUGCUUUAAACUGAUUGGUUGAUUUUAUCAUCACAAUGUUUUUCCACCAAUCAGAUCAGUUUGUUACAGAUUUUUGCACUGUUGUUACAGAUUUUUGCACUGUUGUUACAGAUUUGCUUUACUGUUUGUGAUUAACUGCACUGAAAUCAACCAAUCACAAUCGAGUAAUAUUUUUAUGUAUAUUAUUACGGAUGUAAAACACUUCUGAUAAAUCACUCCUGCUCGUGUUUCAAAUAGUACGUUUUAUCAUUAUUCGUACACAUUGAUUAUGUUCAAAUUCAUUGGCCAAUAAUACGCGAUUGCGGAGCACGGCGCCAGAAGAGACAGUCUUGUUCGCGGAGCAUCUAACUGCGGAAGCAAAACCUCUGGAUAUGGCUUUGCAGACCUCCACCAUCUUCUACGCACGAGUAAUGGUAUUCCACUGUGCCUUUCAUUUAGGUUAAAUAUAAAGCUCCUGACUGCAUAAAUAGUGAAAACAUUGAUGAUGAACAUGAUGGAGAAUACUAUUAUCAGAUGUGGUAAGCAAAACAUUACAGUGGGGAUGCUAAUGAAACUGGUGAUAAGUGUACUUGGUUUCCUUCGUCCAUAAAAUGUCGCAGUUGUGGUCACUCAACUGGAAACUGCUGCAGAAGAGAUAGUGAAAGACUAUUCAACUGAUUUCUUCAAAGAACUAUCGGAAUUUGGAUUUUUGGUUACCGAACUAUGAAAGGAAAUAGCGGUAGAAUUAUGUUUUUUAGUUAUAAACCUAAGCUAAAUAUAAAGCUAGUUACAGACGAGAAAGUUUUCAAAUGACAAAUUUCAUUGGCUUGUCUGUACAGUACAGGCAACUUUACCAAUUUUUAUUGUUUCUAAUGCGUUCGGAACAUGGGAAGCGCACGUUUGAAACAUGCCUUAUAUAGAAUCACUCUCUGAAUCAUGCGAUGAGACACGUGCUGCGCAGAAUUAAAUUAUUUUGAAACGUGCAUUUCUUUCAAAUAAAAUUCAACAGCUUAUAUAUAAUAGCAAAUAAAGUUUAAAGGCCUGAUUCCACGACAGCGAAAUUUUUCGCGAAAAAUUGUAUCUGCGAAAUACGGAUGAUUGCCCAUCUCCCCACUUCUUUCGCUUUCAUAAUGAGUAGAUCUAGAACAGACUUCUAGCGAAUUUUUUUGUCGCGAAGGCUGUAUAAUUGACAAAAAUCUACAUUAUAACUAUCUAUAGAGACAUUGAAAUCCACGAAAGAAUACAGUUCAUUGUGUUUGGUCUCUGUAUACGUUUAACCAAAGUUUUCUGUAGAUGAUAAAGCUGACUGUAGGCCAGUGUUUGUAGUUAAAAGCUAACGUUUUCUUAUUUGUAAAGGUAUGACGACGACCACGCUCGUUUCGAGCAGCAAGUGGAGUACUUUGAGGCUGAUAAUAAUGAGGAUGAAUGCAUAAGUUGCCUCAGACAGAGAAGAAAAGAGGAGGUAAUAUUUUGCAAUUACGUUAAGUUUUUUACACAUAUGCAUGGGUAAAUUUCUAGAUGUUUGGGCAUCUCGUAUGAUAUGACUAAUAGUAUAUUUAGGAUUAAUAGACCAAUAAUGGUAAUUUUCGAACGCAAUGGCUUCAUUCACUCACUUCAUUAUACAUUAAUUUUUGGUAAAUGCUGAGUAACUGGAUUAUUUAUAUCAGUAGUUGGUUAGAGCGUUGCACCGAAAUUGCAGGGCCGCAACUUCGAGGGCCUUUAAUCCAGUUUUCGUAACUGCUCAUGCAUGCAUGGUCAGAAGUGUAUACAAGUGUAUAUUAAACAAUGUGUUUUACAUACACUUUUUUUAUAUACACUAUAGGUAUACACUUUUUAUAGCGUAUAUACUUAUGAAAAGGUGUAUAUAAAUUUGCGUUCGAAUAUCCCAUCAACAAAAAACCUCUCUCGAGCUCCAUCUGUACAGUACAAAAACCUUAUAUCUGCAAAUGACCCAUCUACAAAUCUACAAGUAUUAGUCCUGUCGAACGAGAUCAGGAUUUUAAGGAUAGGGAAUGCUAACGUAUACUUCUUUGUGACCGAAUUUAUUAUUUUAUUGAAAACGUAUAGAGCAUUAGAUAAGAACGUCAAGGUUAAUUUCGAUUGGUUGCAAGACAUAUUAAAGGUGUUGCGAAUGAUCAUAGUGUUUGUAUUGAUGAAAGUAGUACCGGCGACAAUGUUAAACGAUAUUUUCUUUCAUUUAGUUUGACAAGCCUAUGAUAGGAGAGCCAUUAACACAUGAUUCAGGUCCAGGUCCAAGCAAUGAAUUAUUCAGGUACGUUUCGCUGCCUAUUGAGUAAAGAUCCAUCCGGACUGGCAAAUGUCAGUAAUAAAUAAGGCAUCAGUAUACCUUAAUUAUCACAUUUUGAGUAAGCACUCUAUAAAUACCAGGAAUCCAUGGAAUUAAGAACGUGUCAAAAGGGCCGUAGCUAGAAGCGAUAAUUGGGGUGUGUAUAUUCAUAUAUUCAUGUUCACAUACAGUAAAAACAAUCGCUUUCAAAAGAAAUUUGUCGGGCGGAACACGAAUAUAUGAAUAUACACCCCCCCCCCCUCCAAAAAAAUUAGCUAGGCCCUGUGUGUCAAUAUUGGUAAGUGCACAAAAUGUAGCAACUACAGUUUUUUAUAUUUACUUCAUGGUAAUUCAGCCAAUGAUAAUCACCUAUUUGACCACAAGAUGCUAUUUGGAUAACCCGGUGUAACUUGAUGAAAGUCAUAGUGUUUUCAUCAAAUAUCUUAAUUACGCAUGCAAAAUUACUUGAAUAGAAUUCCUAAUUACGUUGUGCUUGAGAAUUCUAUUCAAAUCUGCGAACGAAAACAUUCUGUUACGUCUCGAUUCACGAUUCAUUUGAGAAGCCAUAUUUUCGCGCUCGUGUUUUCAUACAUUGUUUUCUCGUGUUUGGAUAUCCCUGUGAAACACUCGCUCUCGUUGUUCAUAUAUUACUUUAAAAACUGCAGCAGAAGCGCGAAAGCUCUGCAUGCUUGUCAAGCCUCGAUCCCAUGCAAAUCCCCAUACACAGUAUUUUCUGAAAAAAGUUAAAACUAGCGCCAAUGCCAUAAAAAACUCCAAAUUGUUUGUAUACAGUAUAUAUACUUACUAUCUUUGACCUGCUGUGGUAUUAAUAGAAUGCUAAAAUAAAUUUUAAAUCAACUCAACAAAAACAUGGUAAAUGUGUAUUCCACGUCAUGUUUUUGCCGUUAGUUAAUGUGGAACCGUGCAUAAAAAUGAUCUGCAUGUGCUAAUCCCUUUAACCUUGCGCCAUCUGAAAUACUAAAAAGCUCACUGCACGUGUAGAAAAUCCCGAACCCGAAAACCAUGUUUUCAUCAUUUUACAUUGUUUGUCUUUUUUCGUUUUCUAAAGAACGUUUUCCCUUCGUGGUGUUCAAUAUACAAUUGGCGAUACAUUGUACCUCACACCAGAUGCCUUUAAUUUUAGGUAAGUUGUAGGUUUAUUAAAUAUAGCUUUCCUUGCAUGUUACAUGCACAAUUCACCUAUGGACCAACCAGCAGCCGCUGGUAACAAGGAUGUGUAUUUUAAAUAUGUUGCCUCUCAACAUCUUGAAAUUAUUGUACAAUCAGCUAAAAAUACUGGCUUGUUUGCUGUUGAGCAUUGCUGCAAUGACAACGUUCUGUUACAGCCCGGCGUGCCCGCGCGGACGAGCUAGGAUGGUAUAGUCUUCGACAAGAUAUUUAUAGCAUGCACGCAACCAAUAACGUAUUGAACACGAGCACAUGUCUUAUGAAAUAUUUAAACUGCGGAAAGUUGUUAAUGUUUUGAUACUAAAGUUUCGAUGGGUCUAAUUCUGCUGCCUUCAGUUUAUUUCGAAUGUGUACUAAUUCUGUCGCAGGUGUAGAGCACUAUAUGACCAACUUUGUUGAACAACCUGGCUAAAAUAAAUACUGGAAUAUGGUGCAAGAGCUAUGUCAUUUUAUUUCAAUUAUAAGGGCAAUCAUAAUUUCCACCCGUAUAUUUAUCAAAAUGCAGUUUAUAUGGCUAUAUUUCAGUGUCUGAAUACGGGAGCAACAGUCCGUAUAUUACUGGAAAAAGUAAAUGAAGUAUAGUCCAUCUUUUACAAUCAAGUAAUUUAGAAAGCUGGGCAAUAUACCAAACACAAAAAGAAUAGUGUGAUUGGCAAAUGAGUACUAAAAACGUAUAUCCAAUUGAAUUGGAAUCUUUCAUUAAAAAAGUAACUCACGUAGAAAAGUGUUUUGAAAAGUUUACUCGAUAACAAGCACUGUAGUAAGAACUUUUAAUAGGCAAUGUUCUUUAACAUCACUACUAUAUACUCAGACGAUUGAUUUUCUUUUUCCCAAACAAAUUUCACUCCAACGAAGUUACAUAACUGAGUAAUAUUGGCCGAUGCAUGGUGAAUGAAAUCUCGCGUUUUUUUUUAUAUGCAUUCUAAUAUUCUUUUAGCGUCACACCAGCCGAAUCCAAACCUGUGGUGAAAAAGUUGGAUCCCAAGGUAAACGUACCUCAUAUAAAGCAAAUUAAGUGGUAGAAACUCUUCCUUUUAAUUCCGCAUAUCAUUUUCAGCCGUCAAAAGCGCACAUACCAAAGUUCAACCUGAACAGUCACACUGUUGCUAGACGAAAUAAUCAAGAGAUUUUUUCGCGCAAACUACCAGUGUAUAAUACCUCAUAAGGAAGAAAUUAAAACGAGUAUUUAUAUGUGAGCACGUAUAGUUCCGAGACCAGCUACAAUGGGGUCGAAACGUGAUUUUCCAGUUAUGUCUGGAACACCUAAUGAGAACAUAACCUUAGUUUUGAACACAAAACGGCAUGGUACGCUCGGCCUGGGUGGCGAUAUAUUGGCAUUUACCCAGCCUUUGGCAAUUACAGGCAAUAUUAUACGCAUGCACACAUAAAGACACACGGAUUAUGCCUUCACAAACCUCACCAACACAAUCGAUCAACAGACACACAUUCAUUACUCCCAAUUUCAUUAUCAUUUGUGUCUCAUUAUAAUCUGUAUGUUUUCAUUAUAACUUGUGUACUACACCAUUUUAUUAUCAAUACCAUUUUAUUACUGUAUAUCUUUUCAUUACAACUUGUGCAUCACCAUGCAGCAUCAUUACCACUUGUGUUUUACUAUAACAUCAUCAUGCAUUAUUCUCACCAUUUUCAUUUUAUUAGUUAGUCGGUCACAAUGCAUCAAAACUCACCUUCCACAUAGCUGCAACCACCUUUUCGAUCUAAUUCUAAAAGAGAAGCAAACGAAGAAUGCGCCAUGAUAAAAUAACAGCAUUGUGGCAACUAUCCAUAUUACAUUUUGGGAAACUUUUUAAAAUAUUUUCAUUCUUUCUUUUUGUUUUAUUAAAAAGGACGAAGACUUGUAUCCUGAAUACUACAGGAAAAACCGAGCGCGAAAGAAACACAGCAUUCCACGGCCGUUUAAUAUUGGUAAUGAAUACAUGCACUGUUGUUAUUAUAUACCGUAAGGGUUACUUUCAAUGACCAACUGGAGAUAAUCCUGUGUAAUUCUGUACAACUUGGCUUUACAAUACGAAAAUACAGUACUACGGUAAACAUCAUGACAUGCAUUCAGGGCCGGUUUUUCAAAGCACAAUAGACCUUAUGGAUAAUGACGUCACAAUGCUUGAUGCCUGCGAGGAAUGCUGGUCUUAGUAUUCAUUGCCCGGGAAAUUUCGAUAGUGGCCAUUUUGAAUUGUUUAAUUUUCCUGAGCGAUGACUGCUAAGGCCAGCAUUCCGCGCGUGAAUCAAACCUUGUGACAUCAUUAUUCAUAAGGUCUAUAGACCCAUUGCACAUGACGUCACAGCGCCGGUGACUAUGCAUCUGGAGGACAUUUUAGCAAUCUAUGCAUAACAUAACUUUUGUAAACAAAGCAAAUUUUGUAAAACUUUAUAAUAAUUUUGUAUUAAAAUGGUUAAGUUUUGCGCUGUAUGUGGUUGUUGUACGCAAACAGAUAUUGUUAGGGAGCAUCUGGAGGACACUCUAAGAAUUUGUGACGUCAGUGCAAUGGGUCUAUUAGCGCUAAUCGUGGGUUUAAUUUAACCCAUUGUUUUGGUUUAUGUGCAUCUGUACAAAUUAAACUUCUGAAUAUCCGAACAAGAUUUAUUUCAAAGUUGCUGGGAAGUAUGCUUUCAAUUUCACUUUAACCCAAGGAUUAAGUUAAUCGGCUUUAGAACAAUUGGCCCCCAACAGAGAAAAACUCUAAAGAUUGUCGUUAACAUCACUAACUCAUAUACUUCGCUCCUGUAAUCAGUAUUCGAAUCUAGAUUCUAGUAUUUAUCUGUAGCAAACCAUAAUAAAAAUGAACACUUUGUUUCUUCCUUGCACACAGGCAAUUCCAAUCAAGCCAUUAAUUAGUAUGCGUUUGUCAUUAUUUACACGUGCUUAUAUAUCAACGGAAACAGAGCUAAUUUAUUAUCUAUGUGUUAUAGGGUGGACCUUUGGAUAUCCUACGCUGGGAUUUUUCUAUAUAUUUAGAAUCCUGAAAUUUUAAAUUGCUUUUCUAAGAAUUGCACUUAGGAAACACGCGGUUCUCUUUGGUCGAGGCCCUCUCCCCCGCCCUUUAAUGUAACAAAAUGCUUUCUGCGGCAAUCUAUGUCGAGAAACAUGAAAGGAGAUAUUUAUUCACAUUGUAUUAUAAUGAUUCUUUUAAGGACAACUCGUAUCAAUUAGAAAAACAGCAGAAGAAAGUGUUAUCGAAAUUACUAUCAGAAAAUUUUACAGGUAUAAUGUUUUCAUUGUAUGCGAGCAACACCAAUAGCCUUUAAUUAAUUAAAUAGCCUUCAUUUCCUUGUUAGACCAGAGGAUACACACCUGGACGCUAGAUGUCGCUACUCAUCCGACAUUAACUUGCUAUAUUUUAGUGAUGAAGGUAACUUAUUUCCUUUGUUAUAUAGAUCAUACUGUUAUGUUGAUUUGUCAGUACCUAUGCUCAUGAAAGCUGCACUAUUUUAAUUCUAAAACUGUCUGUACCAGUGUGGGUAGUACCAAUGUGAAAAUGCUGUGCUGAGUGGUUAUAUUACUAUCUUAAAAAACAAGCAGAAAAUCGUCGUUUCGAGCGAAGGCCCUUCGUCAAGAGUUAGCACUAACUCUUGAGGAAAUUUUGAAAUAAAAAAUGAGCGGUAAUCAUUUCAAUAAUCGUGUUUUGAGAUUGGCUUGAUAAUGGAAUAGUAAUCAGUGUUUAUGACUCGUUCUUUAAAGCCGUUCAACCAAUCACAAAUACCGUUCGUUUUGCUUUAUUGCGAAACAUAAUAACGGGACAUACCAAUGAUAAAUGUUGUUCCAGUAUUUUAAGGCCUUGGACACAGGGGACUUAACUACUGUCAGUAAAAUUAUCAAAAUAUUACUUACUCCAAAAGAUUUGCAUAAAUUCUUUGCAAGAAUGUCGAUGAAAUACUAUAGAAUCUUCAAUAGGUAGGUAAUGUGGGCGCGUAUGAGGUAUAGCAUAAUUAAUAAUAGAUAAAUUAAUAGGAGGGUUGAAACACCGGUCACGUGACUUUUAAAAUUCUUUUAAUUUAACCGUUUCGACAUAAUUUGAUUAUUUUGCAACAUAAAGACAUCCAACACAAAGAUAUCCAGUAAAAAAAUGUCAUAGAUAUCCCGGCAGUAAAGAAAUAUCAUAGAUAAACCUUUCGCUAAAUUAUUUUUAACAGCAAGUUUUCUUUGCAAUUUUCGUGAUAUGUGUACGAAUUUUCGCGAUAUGUGUAGCCUAUCCAGUCGGAUGAAGCUCGGCACUCGUGAGAUGCUAGGAUUUGCAUUCAGAUUUUAAAAUAGCGGUGAUUUGUUGGCGCCGGUAUAGACUAUAGUUUCAAUAUUAAGUUUUUAAAAAUGUAAAUAAUCAGAAAUUGCUUUAUGAUCAAAAACAGCUUUUAAAUGCAUUUCCGAACUGCGAUCGGAAAUCUCCGAAUGGAUAGGCUAUUCUUGGUAAACAUUGGACGAUGACGUGACUGCAUGGUGUUUCAACCCUUCUAUUAAUUUUUCUGGUAUUAAUUAUGCUAUUACCUCAUACGCGCCCGCAUUAUCUACCUGUUGAGGAUUCAAUAGUACUUCAUAUAGAUAAUUUUUUUGCUCUAGCUUUCUCCAUUGAGUCCACAUCUCGAUAUUCUUGCGAAGAAUUCAUGCAAAUCUUUUAAAGUAACUUUAUUAUUUGAUUAUUUUACACUUGUUACUGACAGUACUGUAGUUGAGCCCCCUGUGCCUUGGAGAGAGGACAUUUCAAACUCUACAUUAACAAAAUAAAGAAUUAAUAAGUGUUCGAACUACGUUCUAAUUUAAGUAAUGCACAUUAUAGUGUUAGGAAAGCAUUAAAGUCGACUACCAAUUCCCAUGCACUUUCAUUUUCGCUCGAUCCGGAAUUAAAACUGCGUAUUGCCUUAACGAUGAUAAUUUCCUUACAAAGAUUCCAUAUAUAUGUAUUCGUAAAGGAUUGGGAUAAUUCAUAUAGGAUUUCUGGACUCCUAUAUUGGAUUAGUUUUGACAUGAUUUGGUUAUUCUGCUUUUAGAAGCCAUCAUUGAUGUACAGACAGUGGUUGGGAAAUGCAAAGUCCUCUGUUUGUCCGAAUCGGAAAUUCUUAAUCACGCAGAAACUUUGAAAAGCCCUGACACGUUUUAUUUUACGAAGGUAUGGACAACAUGUCGUUCCUACACAUAGCAGAUACAACGGUAUGUAUAACGCACACCUAUUUCUUGGACAAGUUUGACUUUGUCUGGCGGAUAUCGUGGUAGGUUAGUCUACCAGACAGGACAAGUGUAUUCGAGGGUUGAUCUCACCAGAGAAAAUUAAUUCUCGAAUUAAUUAACAAGGCGAUCGGAUGAAGAAACACUACCACGACUUAUCACGCGUAGAAUAUGUAUGUAUUUGUAAGCCUUCUUCACCACAGCUUCUGCAUUGCCUUUGUCUUAAUCAAGUUCAACCGUUCUUAAUUUACUAUGUGCAUGGUCCAGGGAAUAUUUCGGUCGCCAAAGCUACUGGCCAAAUACCUCUCCCAAGGCUGACCAUGGAACUAAAUCUCCGACACGACUACUAUACGGUUUCUCCUUUGCACUUCUGGCAAACCUGUAACGUUGUCAAAUAUUCUUUGAUCCACCGAUUCCAAGUAUUUGUGCCUGUUUUCGCCGUCUCCUACUGAUAAUUGUUUUGGUUUUUUUUUUCAUUUUAUUGAUUAUUUUAUUUCGAAGCUUCAGGUGAUCUUCAGAUCAUGAAUCUUUAAAAAUAAAUUCGAAAUAUAACCAUUAUACAAAAUGAUGGUUUUUCGUCGAAAUAUAACAUUUAUGAAAUUUUUCUUGAUUUUGAUCCAUACUGUAUCUUUGAUUUUCAAGCUGCAUAUUUUCAAAUGUAUUUUAUUCUGUAUUGCAUGACCAAAAUUGUGAAAUUUAAAGUUUCAAUUUACCUUUCCCCUAACAAAUCCUAAUCGGAGUAACGGUUCUAACAGUUAUCAGGAAAGACUUUAAUAUAUUUUACAACAACAGAAUUUGCAAACAGAGUCCUAGAGAACAAGACGUUGCGGUUACCAAUAUAUGAAUUACAUUCCACACAUAUUUCUUUUCAGGUAUACAAUUCACAGACUUUAAAAUUCGAGAACGUUCCCAAGGGAGGUUUUGAGACGUCAAAUCAAGCG